AUGGUCAACUCACGUUGUGGCUCUGUCUGCUCUGAGCAGGGCUGUGACCAAAGUCCCUGUCAGGAGAGCUGCUGCCAACCCAGCUGCUGUCAGACCACCUGUUGCCAAACUACCUGCUGCCGCCCCAGCUGUGGAGUGUCCAGUUGCUGCCGCCCAGUCUGCUGCCAGACCACCUGCCGUCCCAGCUGUGGAGUGUCCAGCUGCAGCCGCCCAGUCUGCUGCCAGACCACCUGCCGUCCUAGCUGUGGCGUGUCCAGCUGCUGCCGCCCAGUGUGCUGCCAGACCACCUGCCGUCCCAGCUGUGGNGUGUCCAGCUGCUGCCGCCCAGUGUGCUGCCAGACCACUUGCUGUAGUACAACUUGCUGUCGCCCCUCUUGUUGA